AUGCCGUGCGUGGAAGAGGUGUGGUACUCCUUCCCGAACUACAAGGACUCCAAGCGAAUACGAAUGUCGGCCACGGGGUGUUUAUCGCCUUCAAUGAUCUCGAUCCCUCCAGACAUCGUCAUUGACGGCACGGGACAACAACGAGAUGCUGCUCUGGAUUCCGGAGAAGCGGAAGUGGUACCCGCUGAUUCGCUGCCUUCACCAAUGCCAACUCCUCCAGAGACCGCCAUUGACAGCAGACAGCAAUCACAGGAUGUGCUUCGGAAGGCCCUAGAAGAGGGAGAGCUGCCUGCGGAUUUGUUCACAGCCGAUCACCAUUGGCUAAGCGUACUCCUCAGCAAAGCCGACAUCAGCAUGACGAUAAAAGCAGCCAUCGAGGAAUUCCAACACAGCAUUCAAGCACAAGUCUUCCCGCAGUCCUCCAUUGAUGUCAUGGCCUUCAGCAAAGACGAGAAGCGACAAUCCUGGCAUUCACACUGUCCUACUAUUGAUCAGCUUUGGGACCAAUAUCUUGAAGCUAUCAAGGCGUGCGACGAUAAGUUAGACACUUCCUUUAUGUGCAAACCAUCUGGGCCAUAUGGGGCGGUCCUCUACACCCAAUGGCAUUAUCCGACCUUCAACACCAAGAAAUCACACUUGAAGUUUGGUCAUGUGCUGGAUACGAGUAACAACAGUCUGGCCCUCCAGUCCGAAAAGAUUGGAACUCCGUCCUCCAUAUUAUGCUCUGAUAUGCUACCGAUCAGAGAGGAUGCCAAGGACCCAGGAUGGGAGACUCGCUUUCCAAAGUGGAAGAAGAUGGCUAAACUCAGCAUUGAGUUUAACUAUACUUUGAUGAGAGCCUCGCCAAUUGUCUUACUUGUUGGCUCAAGCUGCCUCGAAACGUUCGACAAGUGUCUUCAAAAUGACAAGAGCAUCUCCCUUACAAAAGUGCGGCUAUUUGUUCCUGGCGUGUUUCAGAUACAGCCAUUCUUCUAUGUUGCAUAUCGGAAGAACACACAAGAUGUCCAGCAGCUUAUCUUCUUCGUCCAGCAUUCCAGCCACUUUAUCUACGCUAUUGCGAAUAUCCAAGUCAAGCGGAGCGAUCUCUUCACUACCAGAGCAAUCCAGAGGCCACACCGCGUCUCACCGGAGCAACGCAGGAAGAAUCUCGAACUGGCCCGCAAGGCGCAAGCAGAUGCCGGCUGGCCGAGUCUUGUGAAGGGCCGCCAAACAGAAAAGGAGAGAGGGUACCCAUCGCUGAGACAAGGCACCGAGACGCAAAGGCAGAAUGGCUUUCCAAGUCUUGUCAGAGGACGUCAGACAAACAAAGACAGAGGAUACCCAGAACUCGUCAAGGGCCUCCAGACGCAAAGAGAGAAUGGCUUCCCAAGUCUUGUGAAGGGCCGCCAAGUCAACAAGGAGAGAGGCUACCCAGGUUUUGCAAAGAGCCGCGAGGCGUUCAAGAAGGACGGUUGGUCAAACCUCAAGGCGGCCCGGAAGGCAUCGGCGGAGCAAAAUUAUCCAGGUCUCGUCAAGGCCCGGCAGGUCCUCAAGGAGAAGGGGUACCCAAAUGUCGCAAAGGGUCACCAGACGAUGGCGAAAAGCGGGUACCAAGGUCUCGCAAAGGGCCGCCAGACGAUGGCGAAAGGCGGGUACCAAAAUCUCGUCAAGGCCCGCCAGGUGCAUAUGGAGAAAACCGCCGCCUCUCGUUUGGCACGCCUUCGCGCUCUCUGGGAAAGCUUCGAGGUGCAGACCCUUAUUUCGAAGCCACUGGACUUUUUCACUGAAGAGAACGUGAAAGAGAUGUACCUGCAGUAUACGACGUUUCACGGGUGGGCGACACCACCAUGGGAGGAUCUCUCGGGCUCCAAGAGGUUCGCGCUUACACGCACCCUCAAAGAAAUCUCUCGUGACUUCCGGGACUUUGAGGCCCUCUGGGCAACGUUUCAGGGAUUUGAAGCAACAAAGAAAAGUCACUACCUCAAAAGAUACGCGAUCUGGCCUUGGGAAGAAACGAGCGUCAGGAGCCAGAAUCCGAAUCCCGCGAUAACCAUAUUCUGGCCUGGUGGUCAAGCGGGACAUCCCAACCUUAAGGCGCUCCUGAAUCGCAAUGAGCCCACCGGCGACUUGUCAGCUGCUGGCCGCAAACGAAAGAUUGCCAUAAGCGAUGCGACAGUGACAGAAACGCCAGCCAAGCUCUUGAAGACCGAAACGGAGCCCGAGCCGAAUUCCGACACUCAGGCUGACGGACUUGGGACCGGACUUGAAGACUCUGAUGGCUGA